ACCACGACAACUGGAUAAGUCUCCAAGCGACAAAGACCGCACCUUCUGACUCAUAUCCAGUAUGUUUCCGACACUUGAUCUCCGAAGAUCAACUUGGUUCGAGUCAAAAGCAUCAUAGGAAAGUGGUCUCUGGUUCCUGCAAUACAUUACGAUCAGCAUUCCAAACGUCAAGAGAUGGCAGACAAAAGAUUGGUCUUCGUAACUGGUAACCCCAUGAAGCUGCAGGAGGUCCGGGCUAUACUCUCUCAAUCGGGUGUCGAGAUCGAUUCGCAGAAUUUGGACAUUCCGGAGCUUCAAGGAACUACGCAGGAGAUCGCUAUUGACAAAUGUCGUCGUGCAGCCGAGAUCCUGCAGGGACCUUGCAUCACCGAGGACACUGCUCUUUGCUAUGAAGCUCUGAACGGACUUCCGGGACCUUACAUCAAGUACUUCUUGAAAGAAUGCGGACUAGAAGGCCUAAACAAGCUCUUAGCCGGCUUCGAGAAUAAGAACGCCUAUGCACUCUGCACAUUCGCAUACAGCGCAGGACCAGGGACAGAACCUAUUCUCUUUGAGGGUCGUACGUAUGGGAAGAUUGUCCCUCCAAGGGGUGCGGGAAAAUUUGGAUGGAACCCCGUCUUUGAAGCAGAUGGUACAGGAAAGACGUUCGCCGAAAUGACCGAGGACGAGAAGAACGCCAUCUCGCAUCGUUUCCGUGCGCUCGAAAAGCUCAAAGUUCACUUGCAAUCUUUGAAGUCAUGAAACCUCCACAAACGCAACCAUGAGGGAAGGUGUUACGAUGCAUAUACCCUGCGCAUAGAGUUCAGGUCUAAGUUUAAAGAAUACAGACCUGAUGUAUCUAGAUCUGUCUACGGUUUGGCUUCUGGUAUUCCGGUAUUCGUGUUCAGUUGUC